AUGGAAAUAAGGAUGGAAGAAGAUAAUAUAACAGAACUCCAUGACGCAUCAGAGAAAGGAUGUACGGUCACGUUGCACAGAUUGAUCCAGAAAGAUCCACACAUCCUCAAUAAAAUUUCAUUGACCCCUUUCAAUGAAACUCCAUUACACAUAUCAGCUUUGCUUGGCCACGUUGAUUUUACUAGAGCUCUUCUAGCUCUAAAACCUCAGUUGGCUAUGGAUUUGGACUUCCAUAAACGUUGUCCACUUCACUUGGCUUCUGCUAACGGUCAUGUAGAAAUCGUCCAUGCACUGUUACGAGCAAAUGAAGAUGCAUGUCUGGUUUGUGAUCAAGAUGGAAGAACUCCUCUUCACUAUGCGGCCAUGAGAGGAAAAGUUGAGGUUGUGAAGGCAUUGAUCUUUGCAAAGCGUGAUUUACCUCGAGUUGUAUUUGAUGGGGGAGAGACUAUUUUGCACUUGUGUGUUAAGUAUAAUCAAUUGGAGACUCUGAAACUAUUGGUGGAACCCAUGAAAGAUGACGGGGAAUUUCUUAAUUCCAAAGACCAUGACGGUGGCAACACUAUCUUGCAUAUAGCGGUGAUGCUAAAGCAAAUUGAGAUCGUAAAAUUCUUGCUUUCGAUUUCCAAAGUGAAAGAAGAUGCAAAUGCUCUAAAUUGGAUGGGUUUUACAGCUUUAGAUGUCUUAGAGCAUAGUCCAAAAGAUUUCAAACGAUUCGCCCUUCAAAACAUUUUAAUGGAUGCCGGCGUUGAAAGAGCAAAUAACCAAAAUAAUCUUCCACCACCAUCAGCAACCAUGAUUGGUCACCAUGAAUCAGGGAAACCAACACAAUUAAGCAAGCAAAGGUCGAAACAAAAGGGUAAUUGGAUAGAAGAGAUGCGUGGUGCAUUAAUGGUGGUGGCCACGGUGAUCACAACGAUUACUUACCAACCUGCACUCAGUCCCCCCGGUGGAGUUUGGCAAUCCGAUAUAAAGGAUUCUAAUCAAGCUAAUGCAUGCAGCGGCAAAAACAAAUUUGAAGCUGGAACUUUGGUGCUAGCCUAUGGUGGUUACGAAGAUGGGUUCCUUUAUUUUUUAAUUUGCAACUCCAUUGCUUUUACUGCAUCUCUCAGUGUCAUCUUCUUGCUUAUUAGUGGAGUCCCUCUUAAGAAUAAAUUUUUUAUGGUCAUCUUGACACUGGCCAUGUGUACCACUCUCACAUUCUUGGGCUUUUCCUAUGUACUGGCAUUCUUCUUGCUGAUCCCAUCAAAUCUUAGAGAAAAACUUGGGGUAACAUGCUCUUACCAAUUGGUGUUUUGGCUUGUUUGGUUCUUCUUGUGCUUCUAA